CCAGCUGGCUCUAGCAAGCAUCAUGAGGUGUCUAAGCGGUUUUUCCAUAUCUUUUGAUGCCUCCGAAGAAGAAAUGUCCCCGCAAGGCCAGGAAGGCAGAGCUGGCAUUCCUUGAAAGGCCGCGAGAGGGGCCCGUCCACUGCUAUGAUACUGCGCUACCUUUGGCCGAGAAUCCAAGACGUGUUCCUACAAAACCUGUAGACCAGAACACCUCAGCUGCCUGGGUGUGCCCACAAUUUGAAACAACUAAGUCAGUGGUGUUGAAAGCAUGCCAGAAGCAGCAUCGUGGUCCUCACAAACCCCAGAAUCAGGAUGCCAACCCCAGUUCGUUUCAUGCGGGAGGAGCUUGUCGAAGAGCCGUAGCCUGCAAAUUUCCUCCUUUAACUUUUGAGAAUCCAGAAGGAUAUGCAGUCCACGCCUCGGAUCGUCUGAAUAGCUCGAGGAAGAACACACAGCGCUCUCGCAGCCAGCCCAAGAAAGGGACAGCAGCAAAAGCCACCAUCCAGGUGAACAGUCCAGAGAACUGUGGAGAAAUAAUUUCAUUACCUGCUCCCCAGCCUGUGGAGCCAGAAGUCUUUAGUCCACCAGAUGUAGAGACUCCACAGGUGCCUUCCACCAGGAACUGGAGGUGCAGCCGCACUCUGCCACAAACAAGCAGCCAUGCCUGGCAUCCAGAGGAAGAGCUGGCUUUCGAUAUUGAUCCCUGUGGGAGAGAGGAGUCAGCAGCAGUACUGGUUACGGAUACCCCCGAGCACGAGUAUGGAGUAAAGGUUACGUGGAGACAGCGGCCUCAGCUGAUGAAAUACCUGCGGGAGAGAGGGAAGCUGAGUGCUGCCGACAUACUGGUGAAGGUGAACCCUGAGCUCCCAUGGAGACAGGCCGACGUCUAA